AUGUCCACGCACGUGGUGCCCAGGUCAGCACACCCUGAGCGUGCGGGCACCUUCCCCGAGGGCCAGCAUCUGAAGGGGAAAAGCCCGCAUCCAGGCGCCUUCCGAACCACCGCCUGCCCCUCGACACCGCCGCCCCCCGCCCCUCCUCGGCGCUGCCGGCUGGGAUGGGAGGAGGCAGGGAAGCCCCACAACUUGCGAAAAAUUGGUCCAGCGGGCGGCGGACAAAAGUUUCCGAGCGCGCUCCACAGCUGGGCGGCGAAGCGGGCCCCGGCGGCCGGCCCCGCCUCGGAUGCUCCCGGCCUCCUUCCUGUGCUCGUGACGGCGCCGGGCGCCGAGGUCCCCCCCCCCCCUCCCGCGAUGCAGGCUCCGCUCCACACCGAUAGCUCCCACGAAAACACGUACACCGUCAACGGAAGGGCAAGGAAACAAUACGCGCGGACGCGGCCCCCGCCCCGGCCCCUCCUCGCCCGGUCACCCGGGGGCGGUGGUCGGCGUGACCACCAGCCACGAGCUGGGAACGGCCAGGGCGCAGGGCUGCCCGCGGCCCCCCUCCGGGCCGGCGCCGUCCGCCGGGGAGGAUCAAAGUCCGCAGAGCAGGGCGCGGCGGAUGCUCCCACCGCGCGGCCCCUGCGAGCACCCCCGAGCCAGCACCCCAGGCGGGCACCCCGAGCGGGCACCCCCGGAUACCUUGCGGCGGCGGGCGGGCGCCGUCAUCUCCGUGCUCCUCGGCCCGAGAGGGACUCGAAAGACCGCGAGCCCGAACCCCGGGCGCGUACUCACGGCGGGGCAGGGCGCUUGGCUCCCAGGCAUGAUGCAGUAGGGACCGGGAGGGAGGUGGGCGACGAGCUGGCGACCCCGGCGCCCCAGUCGUCGUCCCGGCCCCCGCCUCGCUGGAUGACCGCCGUUUCCAUCCCGGGAUGGAUGGAGGUGCAGUCCCCCACCCCACCCCCACCGCAGCCCCAGGUUUGCCCCACGCCCUCCGCAGGCGCCCCGGGCCAAGGGAGGGCCGAGCCGCCGGGGGGUGGGGGGGAGGUCUCGGCGGCCACAGCUGAGCGGGAUCCCGACCCGCCCAGCGAUCGCCCGCCUGCUACGCAAGAGGCUGGCGCGGCCGCGCGGCCGGCCCUGGGGGAGGGGGUGCGUGGGGGUGCGCAGCGUCCAGUUACAUUCCUGACCCACUUUCGCAUCCCCUCCCGCCCCCUCCUGCUGCUCCUCCUCCCGGCCGGCCGCGAGGGCACCCGCGCUCGGGAGAGCCACCCGCGAGCCAUCCCCAGGCCGCCGCGGGCGGGGUGCGCCGGGCGCCGGGCUCCGCGGGGGACCGAGGGGGAGGGGGAGGCGACGGAGGAGGCGGGAGCCCGCCCCCGCCCCCACCCCGGCUUCCCCUGCGCGGCCCCUCCCCCGUCACAUGGGCUCGCGAGCACCUGUUGGCGACCUCAGCCCCUGGCGGAGCCCCUCCCGCCUCCCGGGCGAAAGCCCCAGCGGGAGGGGAUGGGACCCCCUGCCCGCGUGUCGCUCUGCACACCCCGCUUCGCCAGGCUGGGCGCGGGGGCCGGUGGGCGACCCCUGCCCAGCUGCUCGGCUUUGCAAACUGCAAAAGCGCCGCGGCCGCGAGGCGACCGGGCGGAGGGGAUCCUGCCCCCCACCAACCCCGCUCCCCCGCCUCCCCCGGGCGGCACGGGGAGGUGGGGUGCGCCCGCCCCCUGCCCGACUCCGCUGGAAACCUGGGCUCCUCGCGGGCGCCGGGAGGGGCUGCUGCCGAGUCCGGGCCGGGGCGGCGGGGGCGAGGGCAGGUAG